AUGGCGGCUGCGACGGCGGCGGCGGCGGCUCCCCCUUCCCCGCCUUUCCCCGCCGCCCCGCCGCCGGAGGGCUCUUCCCGCCCGGGCUCUUGGCCCAACUUCGCCGUCGUCUGCUCCUUCCUGGAGAGGUACGGCGCCCUCCUCGACCUGCCCGAGCUGCCCUUCCCGGAGCUGGAGCGCGUUUUGCAGGCGCCGCAGGAGCCCGGCGACCAGGUUCCACGAGAAUUGGUCGAACUGCAUCUGAAACUGAUGAGGAAGAUUGGGAAAUCCGUCACCGCCGACCGAUGGGAAAAAUACUUGAUCAGGGUAUACCGGUUUUAUAUUCCUUUGGAAAAUAUAAUAUUGGAUGAUGAGAGCUUCACAGUGUUUAAUAAUAUCCCACCUAAAGUGAAAAACGUCGGCGUGGAUUUUGAAGUUGAUUUGUGAUCUGAACUGAACACCUGUAAUUUAUAUUGCUUUAUUUGUUUCUUAGUACGAUUUGAUUGCUUAUUAGUAACCUAUGACUAUCACCAAGUGCUGUAUCUCCUGGUUCUUUGUUCUUGUUUUUUUUUCCCCAAAAUUUUUAUUAGUAAAAGAAAAAUACAACAACCAAUAACUAGUAAAAGACAAUACAACAUCCACUGUUUUGCUUUACAUUUGACUGCGUUUCAAGACAUUCCCA